AUGUGGCCGGUAGGCAAACUGCAGGGGAUCAAGAGACGAUCUCACCUGCGACUCGAGAUGGACCAACACCAGCCUCUCCAGCACCUUCAUCACAUGCGAUGUGAGAGCAAUUGGACGAUAGUCCCCAAGGCCCAAUGGAAGCUGACUCUCUGCCAGGCCCUGACCUUUGUGCUGCUGCUGGUCACUCCCGUCUGCCUGUCGUCCCAAAAGAGUGAGUGUCCCUUUGGCUCAGAGGAUUUCAGAGAGAUGCAGUGUGCCGCCUUCAAUGACAGACCCUUAGUUUCUGGGAGCUCCUUCAAAUGGACCCCUUUCCAUGGAGGCUCAGACCCCUGUGAACUGAGCUGUCUGGCCUUGGGUCACAACUUCUACUACAACUUUGGCCAUGUACUUGAUGGUACCGCCUGCGACAAGGAGCACGGGGCGGUGUGUGUCAAAGGGCGCUGCCUGAAACCUGGCUGUGACUUCAUCCUGGGCUCAAAGCAGCAGGAGGAUGCCUGCAUGGUGUGUGGAGGACAAAACAACACCUGUCUACGCCACAAGAGUGUGUACCAGAGCAACGGUCUAGAGGCAGGCUGUAAAGAGCUGAAUUCUCCUGUAGACAUGAAUUAUCUAGCACUCCAGAACGGUCGCUCCCAGUUUGUCAUCAACGGAAACUGGAAGAUUAGUGUUCCAGGCGAGUAUAAUGUAGCCGGGACCAAGCUGCUAUACCGGCGCUCAGCAGACACCUGGGAGAGCUUCGAGGUGCCGGGUCCCACCAAGGAAGAUCUCCAUCUAUUGGUGCUGGCGACAGACAGAAACCCAGGGAUUGAGUACGAAUACUGGCUGCCACCAGACCAGUAUGACCUCUACCAUGGGAGGAGGAGUCCGCUGCGCCAGGCUCAUCACACGGCCAGCUACCUCCCCUGGGAUCAACCCACUGCAGCCACCACCACCACUACCUGGCCUCCUCCAGUGACCACCCGCCCCCACUGGUUUUUAAGGCCCGUGAAGCCACCGCGCCAGCAUCCCCAUCACAGCCGACACCAGCACCCUCACCAGCCCAUCCUGCCCCGCCUGGAGCGGGAGGAGAACCACAGAAACCUCCUCCCUCGGCCCUCGCCUGGAAGGGACUGUGGACACUGCCGGCGGGUUAAAGGUCGAAGGGAACGACAGAGGCAGUAUUGUCAGAAGGACUUUGUUUUCCGAGCCAGAGUCCUCAGGAAGCUGUACACAGGCGAGGAGACGCGUUAUGACAUCCAGAUCAUCCACACCUACCGGAACCGCUUCCGCCUGGAGCACCGGGAGUUCCUGUGGGUCCCUAAUGUGUGUGACUGCCCUCACCUGGAGGAGGGGAGACAGUAUGUGCUGAUGGUGCGUCGUCACAUUAACUAUGAGCGCACACUAAACCGCAUCCUUCUGGAGGAGGAGAGCUACGUGGUUCCCUACAAACCCAGAGAGGAUGAACUGCUGCGACCGCUCGAAAGACUCUGCAGCAACAGAGGACCUGCACGGCCAUCAGAGCUGAGGGGACAACUGUAGAGACAAACUGUGAGUGGGUUUGCAUCAUUGAAUGAAGCUCAUAUUGAAGCUGUAUCGUUUCCAACAUUCCAUUUCUGCAUGUUCAAAACAUCAUCAGGCUCCACAUGAUUAAACCUGAUGGUUUCCAGAGUGGCGUCACUGGAAAACGAUGACAGUCGGGCUGUCGACAGAGUAGUUCAGCCUCAUGUGGAAGUUGCAGCAUUAAGACUCCACAUUUAUUUAAAAGCCAGCUUACUGUACCACAUAGAGCACCUUAGGUGGACACUUGUGCCCAUCUUUAAACACACACCAAAAAGAAGAACAUUGACUGAAAUUGACUUUUUGUUAUUGCUGUGUCUCCACAGCUGUCAGCUGAUUUUUACUUUACUGUAUUUUUGUGUGUGUAAAGAAAACAUUCACCUGAAAACAUGCAAACAGCUACUUAACUCAGAUUGAGCACCAUUUUAUCUUUGUCUUCUGCUUACACUGGGUACGGAAAGUGUUCAAAUCCAUUCACGUUUUCCACAUUUUUUAGACGAGACGUGUUCAGACCGGUAACCAAGAACCCAGGUGUCACUAUGGAUGAGACCCAGACUUCCUUUCUGGAGAUGGGAGAACCUUCCAGAAGGACAACCAUCAGAGCAGGAAUCCACCAAUCAGACCACUGUGGUAGAGUGGCCAAACAAAAACCACUCCUCACUAAAAGGCCCAUGACAGUCCACUGGGAGUUUGAUGAAAGGUACCUGAAGGACCAUGAGAAUUCUUUUGUCUGACAAAACAAAGACUGAACUACUUGACCACAGUUCCCAACAGAGUGUGUGGAGAAAUCCAUGCCCUGAGCACUAAUACCAUGCUAGUCACACACGGUGGAGGCAGCAUCAGGCUGUGGCCACUGGGACUGGGAGACUCGUCAGGAUAUAGGAUGGAUGCAGAAAAAUAAGG